AUGCACGAGUAUGACAACCUCGCGUCUGAAGGGAAGCUAAUUUGGUCGUUGGCCCAUCCUUGCGAGAUCGGACCGAACGUCCCUCGACCCCCCGAGGAGUUGUUGACCACAGGCGGACCUGAGUUGUAUCUUUCCUUCAAACCCCCUCCUCCCGAUGCUCAGCAGAUUGUAUCAAUCAAUAAGGCCGUGGACGAGACUGUUGCUAAUUUGAAGCUUUCACAGAGAGUGGAAAAGUCCUUUCGGGAUUUGCCCAUUUUGGGCAAGCUCUGGGUGCUUCAACACUUUACUCCCGAAGCUGGCAAAGACGAGAAUGAUCAGAUGAGGAGUUUUCUCGACGCACUGGAUGCCCCUUGGGAUCACACAGAGCAAAUCUUGAGAGUUGAUACGGUCGGCGGGGUCCUUGGACGCCAUAUACCCGACCUCAGUGCCUUUCCUGAUAUCCAUGCGACCAAGCAGUGUCGAAUCGGGUGGAGCAAAAAGCAACAUUGUUUUCAAAUACAAGCGCUACAUGGGUUGGUCAUUGUGGACGGUAGAGAGCUGGACCGAGGGGAGAAGGUUGAUAUCAAAAAGCGUGGGCAAAUUCAGUUGGGUCGGAGGUGUUUUAUGAAGUGCGAUGUGCGUAAUGGGAGUUCACCUGAGGAGGAGAGUGAGGGCGCCGCUGUGGCCCAGCCGGUAGUGGAGGCCAGCGGAGGCGGUGCAUUUGGACUGCAUAGUAACUAUGCAAGAAGGAAAAUGUUUGGCAAAACUGAAGAUGAGCUAAUCGGUGAUAGAGCACGAGCGGAGCGGUAUCAGGAUCGAUCGGCAUUGCUACGUGAGCGGAAGAGGCGGAUAGAGGGUCUCAGUGGAUGGAAGGAGGGCUUGAGAGAGGCCAAGCUGAGGAAGGAGGAAAGGGAGUUGGAACGCUUAGAAGUCACGGAGGAGACUGAGGCGAUGAGGGAGUCUAGGAAUCUCAACAUGAAUGUAGAUGGUUCCUAUGGCGGUGCAGAAGCCGAGGCGGCACGUCCUGGCUUGGGCUAUUCGGGGUCCUCAGGGCCGGCACCUCGGUCUCUGUUAGAGAAGAGGAUGAUGGAAGUCGCAUCGGGGGCUAGCAAGCCCAGUGUUACUGCGAGCAAUCCUUUCCGGAUGUCAUUCGUCAAGAGUUCGACAGUCCUCAACGAUCCUUCGAAAAAUGCUGAUGAGGAGGAAGAAGUCGAUAUGUUCGGGUAG